AAAUUUUAGAGAACAGUAUUUUGUGAAAAUAUUACAAAAUUGUGAUGCGUGAUUUUUCGUACCUUUUCGCUAUUUUACGAAACAACGAGUUGUCGAGUUUUAUUACGAUGCGAGUUCCUCAACAAAUAGAUUUUCGUCGCAUUAUUAUUAUAUCGACGAUAAAAACAUAAUGCAAUAUAAACAAUUCUUCUUGCGAAAGAAGGCAUAGCAGUAAUGGAAGAGCCACAAACUCCAGGAUCCGAUUGUAAUUCUAAUCCAGCGACCGAUUCUAUUCAGCAGGAUUUGGUUGGCUCGGAGUUUGUCCAGGACAAUGUGGAAUAUCAAUGGUUUAUCGAUUAUGGAUAUAGAGAUGGAGGACUACAUAUCCAUCCUAGUGUUAUUUCAUCACUUUCCGUGUCCUACUCCUCCAAGGAUCUAGGUUAUUACGAUGACCUUGCUCGUAAUUUGGAUGCCAAUCUGGCGGAGAUUGAUAUGGAGAGUUUCCGUACAGCAGACAUACAUACCCUGCUUACGGCUCUCCCUGUCAUGUGUACAGAACCGGUUCAACAUUCUGAAUUUAACUAUGAAAGAGAACAAUAUGCCAGUAUAUCUGGAUCUAUCAUGGAAAAGCUUGACAUCGGUUCUUCCAUCAGCCCUCAUACUAGUAGCCAGGAGGAGGAUUCUGCAUGUUCCACCACUGAUACAAUAUCUAUAUGCAAGUCGUCGUUGCUCUUUUCUCCAGUGAAGGAAACAUCAAUGCUACCAUCAGGUGGUAGCUAUAGCGUGGAUUCAUUGGACUGCGAAGACAUGUUGCUUACUUGUCAAACGAAUAAUAAAAAUAAUUAUACCAUUGCUUUUGAGGGUAGCAUUACUAUGUAUUCGGAUGGUUCCCAAGAUUUUGAAAAUCAUGAUAAACCCAAAACAUACGAGUCACCAGAUGCAUUCUAUGAUAAACAGAAAGAUAUGACAAGUGUAUUAGACUUAUCGAUGGCAUGUUCAGACUCGAAGAUAUAUACCACAUGGAGUAAUUUGAAGCAUUCCUCCAUGAAUAAAGCAAUAACUCGUCAUCCUUCUGGCAACAACAAUAUGAUACCAGAUAUCUCGCAGAAUACUGUUAAUUUGAUGCUUGGUGGUAUGAGUAAACGAAGUCAAAGCUUACCGGAUUUUUCACGCGUUCAAAAACUUCAGCAGGCUAAUAUGCCUAUUAAUUUUAGUAUUGAUUCCACCGAAUCAAACAAUCACAUACAAAGACUGCACACCGGAUCUGUAAAUUGUUCGACGAACGGGGAAAGCUUCGACAACACGGAGAACACCGGCACAAAUAAGAAGCUGCAAAAUCUAAGUCUCCUCAGACUCUUCAUGAAGCAAAAGAGCAUGAGUGUGGAGGGGAUGAGUCUGACCUUGGACCAGUCGGAUUCCAUAAGCGAUAACAAUGGUAGUAGCAGUAACAGUGGCAGCGACAGUGCGACCAACACGAAUACCCAGAUACAACGGCAGGAUAACGUUUGCGAUAAUCGUCGCGUGUUCGAGAACAACGAUUUCUCUAUCAACUGGAUCAAACGCGAUAUGAUGAUGGCUAAUCACCGCGACGCGGAGAAUCAGCGAGAAGCCUUGAAAUGUGCAUCGUAUUGCAAAAAUGACAAGGUCGUCGACGUGACGUCAUCGUCUACGUCGGUGGAGGAGCUUUCGGAAAGUAUAUCGUCUAGAUCGGCCUGCGCGGGUCAGCAAAAUUUCGACAAUAUAAUGAAUAAUCUUUCCGAGCAACAGCGGAAGAGCGGUUGGGUGGGUUUAACGGAGACCCAGAAGAAGCAACCGAUAUAUCGAACAACAGGUAUCCAAGCGAACGCGGAGAUGGAAGACAACGCUAUCCAGACCUCCCUGAUCUUCACCGCGAUUAAGGAUAAAUAUGGGCCUUUCUUGCAAGAGACAAUGAUAAACAAGAAACCGGUUUACAUCGUGUACCCCAAUUACACGCUGCCCGAUCUGUCGUUCCUCAAGAUCAAGGAGACCGAACUCAACAAUCUGGCGUUGAAGCCGCACACGUUCGACAAGAGUAACGUGGAUUGGAAGCGUACCGUUCAUGUGGGCUCAAAACCAUCCUCCUGCAACGACAUCGACGCCUUACGGCAACGCGGGUUCGCGCACGUCAAGGAUUGGGAGUCGUUGACCUUCCUCUUGCCGUACGAGUACAAGAAGAUCUUGCACGAUGUGCCGGAGGUAUCCAAGUACAUCAACAUCAACGAGGAGGUCAAGCGACCGCUGUUUUGUCUGUCUUCCCCGAUGCGUCACAAGAUCGGACCCAUCAGCGAGGUCGUCCAUCCGACCGUCAAUACCUCGUCGACGAGCAGCACCGCGACGCAACCGUCUUCAGGGUACAGAGGCUCGUCGACAAUCCUCACCGACUCCUCGACGAAUCAGACGCCGUUGCUGAACAACGCGGUCAACCCGUUGUAUCUGUACCGCUAUGACAGCGUCAGUUCGGAGACCAGUCUGGUAAACAACGACAAGAAGCUGCAUAUGCUGAAUCACAGACAGCCUGGCUGCCCGUCUCUUCCGAAGCGGUCGGUCUCGCUGCCGCAGGGCUGCGAGGGCGAAUCCGGCUUCAAUAAUGGUAGAGUACCGCCGCGACCGCCCUUGCCUAGAAGCAUUCUGCGGAAGAACAAGAUCCUCGCGAACAAACGAUACAGCAUGUUCGAGAUGGGAGAUGUGGGCGAGCAGUCGGAGGAACUCUCCACGGAGCAAGUAAACAAGAGAAUGUCCCUGCAAGAGCCGUAUUAUAUGAACAACGAUUUGCAGCUCUUGUGCUGCGAAACGGCGAUCGACUCCGAGAAAGAUGUCGACGAGACAGAAGCGGAGAGGUGUUUUAAAGAAAAAUUGAACGAGAUUACAAAUAACGCGAACGUGGAAUCGAAAAUUUCUCAGCAUAACGAAGACGAUAUCAAACAAUUGGAAGAAUAUCUGAAACACAGUGCAAUUUCAUCACAAAGCGACGGAGAUAUUGAGGACCCUGAGGUUAAAGUGAGGUCGUACGUGAGGAAAUUUUUAGCCUUGAAAAUGAAUAAGGAUCCGCUCGUCAGGGAUAUUGAUAUGGGAGAUUCGCAGAGAAAAACCGUCAGUUUUGCCGUAAAUCAAAAAAAGAAACAUCCAGAUGCAGAGUUAAAUAAUUUCAACACUGUAAAUGUUCAAAAUCAAGAUCAGGUGAUGGAAAAUAAAUUAACGGAGUUUGAAGAGAAGAGAAAAAUGGUGUCAACUGUAAAUAGAGCAGUAGAUCUUUUAUUAAAAUAUUGGAACGCCGAUUCGAAUCACAGUCGUCCCAACUAUAAUGAAGGAAAUGAGUGUGCGCAAAUCUGUUUAAGUACCUUAUGUCCAGCUUUAUACAUUAUCAUGUCAGAUGGUUUGAAACCUUAUUUGAACUCUACCUUUGGACCAAUCACCAAUAGCGUUUGGCAAAUCGUGGAAGCUAGUUCUCAACAAGGGCCUCUUACGAAAACAUUAAAUGAAUUAGUACAGAAAAUUAAUGGUGAAGAUAUCAUUACAGAGGGAAUGCUGAAGUUUCAUGCAUUUGUAUUUGGCUUGCUGAAUCUAAGGGCUCUAGAUGCAUGGUUUGCGUAUUUGUGUACGCGUGAGUCCAUUCUACGGAAGCAUUACAAUAACAACAGUUUAUUCAUUGCGGCUUUAGUCAAUGCCAAUGCCCGGGAAAUUGUCGAUUCAUUGUUGUACACUUUGAAUCCGCUCGCAUUUUGCCCAUUUCAUCUGGAUCUUCUCUAUCAAUAUCGUCAAUUGCAGAAUAGCUUUGGGAAUAUGAAUAAUCAUACUAUGAAUGCCAUGAGCUUUAAAAAUGUCGAUUUGACUUUGAAGGAUUUCAAAGAUGAGAAAGCGGAAUUCUGCGGAGUGGCUUUCAGUCCGAAAAAGACUCGGCCAAAGUCUCGUAUCGCUUACAGCAUAGAUGAAAAAUACGUAGUACAUAAUAAAGACGAUGUUCUGAAGAAACAAUUCAGCGCCAUAAGUUCGAAGCCAUUUUGCACAUUAGAUAAAUUUACCUUCGAAGAUUCCGAGGAUUAUACAGACAGUUUGGAACAUUCUUCUCUGAACAGAAAGUCGAACAAGCAAUCGAAGCUAUUGAAUCCUGCUUCUAAACUGAAUGACGACGGUCUCUCGGGCGAGACCAAAUUUAGAAAACUUCAGGAAAAGUGGGAAUUCAUGAGCGGCAAGGAAGGCAAUAAGAUUCAGUCCGCAGUGACGACUCCCUCGUCACCAGUUCGGACUUUUGGAGCGCUAGGGAAGUCGAAGAUACCCAGAUUGCUCACGUCACCGAUAAAGCAGCUCAACGUCGCGGCUGGAAAACCGAUUAAGUCGCCUGGAUCGGGAAUCCCCUCAUUGAAAAAACCCGGUGCACUUCCCACCGCUAUGAAAACGAUACCGAAGAGGCCUAUAGACGCGAAAAAUGUGACGAAAAACGUGACGCGUCGAACCAGUCGGGUCGAUCAGGAUAUCCUGGGCGUUCCACGAAUUCACACCGCACGUCCGAGUUCCUUACCUUACAAAUCGCAUGGGAUUACGUCAAACGACAAGAAUGUGGUCUCGCCUCACAGACGAGCCGCCUCGACCUCUUUACCGCGUCCAGCUUUUACCACCGUUUCGAAAACGCCAGCUUCAAAAGUUUCACAUAAAGAAGUUCGCACACUCACUCACAGGACGCCGUCGGAUACCGGUCAGCUCUCGUUCGUCGAAGGGGAGAAGUUGAAAGUAAUAUUAGAGGUGGAUAAUAAGUGGUUGUUGUGUACAAAGGGCGAACGAAGAGGUUUGGUGCCGCGAGCAUGCGUGCGCAGCAUAACUUAGAUUCUCUUCCCGAUAAUAAAAUACGCUUCAUGAUAUCAUCAUCGUAAUCACGUAUUCGUGACUGUAAACGUAAUAUAUCAUGUUUCUCGAAGUGGAGAAAAAGACAAGUUGAGAAAAGUUCAAAUUAAAUUUGGCACGAUGUAACACGAAGGUGGUGUACAGUGUAUUAAAUUUUAAGCUAAAUAUAUAUAUAUAUAUACAGUUAUAUAAUUAAUACGCAUUAUCACGCGCUUGUAAAGUUACUUUUAAUCCGAAGUUUAAUCAAGAUUAUUUCGUUUCUCUAUCGAGAAACGCGAUAAUAGUAUUAUUACUAGUGACGCUAUCGAGGACAUAGAGAUAUGACUUUUAAUCAUAUAUAGGUUCUCCCGAGAAAGAUAUAUUUAAUUUAUAAAUAGACAUCUGUAUUUAGAUUUGAUUUAUUUGAACAUGUGCAUGAAUAUAGAAUAACGACACUCGAUAUGUCCUCGACGAAUAAAAAAGAAAAAGCCGGUAACAAAAUGUAUAAUAACAUUACACAUAUUAUGAAUGUAACUGUGAUCCUAGUAAUAGGCGAUUAAGUUUAUUAGUAUGUAUAUGCAGUGUAUAUUUCAUUUUGAUGUUUAUAUACUGUGACUUUGUAAUUUAUUUAUGUGUGUAUCCGUAUUUCGCACAACGUCGCGCAUUAACAAUCCUGAUCAUCCUCACGACCUACAUUCUGAUUCUAUUCGACAUACGAAUCGUCACGGCAUAUAUUUUUAGGAUGGCAGUGAUCACAUUUUUUACAUGCUUUAUGUAUUUCCUGAUAUACAUAUAUAUACACAUAUAUGUAUAUGUUAAGAUAUAUAAUAUAAACAAAUAAAAUUAUCAUGAAUUAUAUUUGAUAGUAGUUA